UAUUUUUUUUUAUUGGACUCUUAUAUUUUUCAUACAGGAUGAGAGCGUAUCGUAUUAAAUGCGUAAGCUGAUCAAUUUCAAUUCUCCCGUUACUCUCACUAUUUUACCAGGUUUUGAGGAUAUGCACAAAAUGCUGUUGAAAACGGUGCAGAUCUCUUUUGCGAUGCACCAAAACGUAUGCAGUGGAUGGAAAAUUGGCUAGUGACAGCUUAGAAGUAGAAAGUGCAUAAAAAUGAGCACAUCUUCGACCGAAUGAAUGCACAAACAGUCUGAAUGUUAAGCGGUACGGAGCUGAUUGCAGAGGAGAAGAAAACGCAGUGACAGUUUUCACUCUUCUUCAGAGAACUUUGCCUUCAGCGGUUUCGGAAAAGACACUGUGUUUGUUUUUUUAUGAGCGAACCUGUUAGUAAUGGACUCUUGUCUAUUUCAGGAGCAGCAGGGCAAGUUAGUGUGCAGAAUAAACCCUUUCAGCACGAUGGAGUAUCUGCAACUCAGUUAUGAAGAAGCGUUCUUUCUGGUCUAUGCUCUGGGCUGCUUGUCAGUUUAUUACAGCGGGGAAGCUCUGUCGGUGGCUCAGGUUUGGACCAUGUUUCGUUCGCUGCAGCCCAACUUCUCCAGCUCCUACGCGGCCUAUCACUACUUCCGCAGUAAAGGCUGGGUGCCAAAGUCUGGAGUUAAAUACGGGACUGAUUUAAUGCUCUACCGAAAAGGACCACCGUUUUAUCAUGCAAGCUACUCGGUGGUGGUGAACCGCUGUGAUGAGUCUCUGCGGCCCUUCAGCUGGAAAUCUCUCGCUGCUCUCAGCAGAAUCACUGGGAACGUCUCUAAGGAGCUGAUGCUGUGCUCCGUCAUCACUCCAUCAGACAUGACCGAAGACAUGCUGUCCUCUCCAGAGUGUCUGAAACGAUUCACUCUACAGGAAGUCAUCCUGAGCAGAUGGGUCUCCUCAAGAGAGAGAACUGAACAGGAGGAAAUCUAGACCUUUAUAAGCCAACAUUCCCUUUUCCGUGUUUAUUUUGCAUCAAGAUUAAGCUGCGACUUAUUUUUCUUUAAUAAUGUUCAGAUGGUGUUUAAACAAUGUCCAGACGCAGACAGUCUUCAACAAUAAAUAUACAGAGCAAACAGAAGAUCAGC